AAUUCUGAAGAGAACAUGCAUUUAAAAGAAGUAGAAUAUGCUUGCACAAUAAGAAACUCCUCUUAGAUUGCUAAGUUCUCACCUAUGAAACCCGGAUUCCAUCUUCUAGCUUAUUCUCUCAGCCACCUAUACAUUCAAGCCACAUGGAAGAGCCUGAUUUCGAGGUGCAUCGUAAUCAACCUAAUGGAAGCCAAAUUCAAAAUUUCUUUGCCUUCUGUCCCUCACAGAAAACAUUUACCUCUGCAACUCAACUAAACAUGCAGUCCUGGGAAAUUGCUGGAAACCGUAGCCUACCACAAGGAAACUCAUCUCUCCAUCCUGAUUCCAGCACAAAUUUCUCUAACAGAUUGUUCCCCAACUCUCAAAUCCAUUUUCCUUUCCAUUUAUUCUCUCCAAACGGAUCAUCUCUCAGCACUGAAAAUGAGGCAAGAGAAUAUCAACCAAGCAUUGUUGAUGACAAGAGACUCAGGAGAAUGAUAUCUAACAGAGAAUCUGCAAGAAGAUCAAGGAUGCGAAAGAAGCAGCAAAUUGAAGAGCUCCAAUCACAGGUUGAUCAACUUCAAACGAUUAAUCGUCAGCUUUCACAAAAGCUCAUCAAUCUGCUGGAGAGCAAUCAUGAUUUCCUUCAAGAGAAUGCUCAGCUCAAAGAGAAAGUUUCUACUCUUCACAUGGUACUUGCAGAUGUGUUUACACCUCUGAGAAAUCAGGAGGAUACCUUCCUGGAACAUAAAUCAGAUUCUUAG